GGUAUCAGCCGCUAUACGCUAUACGCUAAAGCAUUACGAGUGCAUUGGCACAGUGAGAUGUCCUUCCGAAAAUUGGUAAAAUGUCACUUUCCCAGGUCAUUUUUGCCUUCGUUUAUGGGAUAUGCUUGUUAUCCUCUACUCAAGGUGAAUUUACAAAUGGAACCGCAUACUACGAUUAUGAACACAACCAGUACUACGUCAAGUGCGGUCAGUUGGACAAAGGCGAUGGAUCCCUGGCCUAUGGCACCUUCAAUGACACAACCAAUACAACAGGAUGGGGGGUACUGGACGUCAAAUUCAGCGGACCCUCCAAGAGUUACGAAGAGGACCUGGUACGAAUGACUGCUGCUGGUGUCAUGGAGGGAAUUCUAACUGGCGAGCGAAUACACCAAACCUAUCUCAACAACUUCCAGUCCUUCUUGGCUGGGAAGCCCCAAUUUGCAGCCAGGCUCAGCGAGUUCUACAUGAAACAGAAUCAGUGGACGCGGAAGAUGGUCGCUGGGAAUCCGGAUGAUCCAUUCUGGCAAGGGGUGUCCCUAGUGGUUGCCCAGUUGGAUGGGCUACUGAUUGGCUACAACCUGAAAUCUUGCCAACGUAAGACGCUGCCAACAUUGGAUUUGUCUGCAAUGCUGUUUCUGAAUGGCAUGGGUGACAUCCUAGAUCUGCAGUAUGUCCUGAAUGGCACAAGUUUCCCAGACAUCGAGAAGGCUACGCCCGACGAACUGAGGAACUUUUUCAGAAUGAGUGGGCAUUGCUCGGUCCUUAUCAAGGCACUCCCUGGGUUUGAGGAUAUCUUCAUGUCGCACUCAACAUGGUUUGAUUACAACAGCAUGCUGCGCAUCUACAAGCACUACAACUUUGACUUGAUGUUCCAGGGAGCUGCAGCCAAGGCAAUGUCCUUUUCAAGUUACCCAGGUAUGUUGGAGUCCUUGGAUGACUUCUACAUCCUUGGAAGCGACAUGCUGAUGCUGCAGACAACAAAUGACAUCUACAACCAAACCCUGUACAAGAUGGUGAAGCCAGAAUCUCUGUUGGCAUGGCAACGGGUCCGGGUGGCCAACCUGAUGGCAAACAGCGGGGCAGAGUGGGGCAAAAUUGUGGCCAAGUACAACUCAGGCACCUACAACAAUCAGUACAUGGUUGUUGACAGGAAGCGCAUAUCAGGAGAGCUACUGGAUGGGACGCUGACUGUGGUGGAACAGAUCCCAGGACUGGUGAUGUCUGAGGACCAGACAGCCAUACUAAGAGCAGGAUACUGGCCCUCGUACAACAUCCCUUUCUACGAGACCAUCUACAACCUGAGUGGCUACCCGAUGAUGAAGAAGAAAAGGGGUAAUGAGGAAUCCUAUCAGCUGUAUGUGAGAGCAGAGAUCUUCAGACGUGACCAAAGCACAGUCACUGAUAUGAAGUCAAUGAUGGCCAUCAUGCGAUACAACGACUAUCUUCAUGACAAGUACUCCAACAAGGAUCCUGCUUGGUCCAUCUGCUCCCGCUUCGAUCUCAGAGCCAAGGAUGCAUUUGCAGGCGGUUGCACGGAUACCAAGAUUACCAAUCUCGAGAUGGCCAAGACAUUCUCAGCUAUGGCCGUCAGUGGUCCCACCACAAGUCACGGCAUUCCGGUCUUCCGAUGGACCAGUGCAUUCAACGAUUCCCAUAUCGGACUACCGGAAUCCUACAACUUCCCAUUUGUCCUGAUGGAACCGACUUUGUAGUACACCCAUCUGUUAUAUGCUCUGCCCAAAAGACAAAAAAAAAAAAAAAAAAUCCUGCUGCAUGCACUUGCCAAGACAUGGGCCGCUGGAAAAUCCACAUUUGUACCAGAGAGUUAUUAUAAAAUUAUUGAACGCUACCUUCUCAAACCGG